AUGACGAUGACAAUAGACGCCAACCAGCAACGAUACGGACAUCUUCAAUUCGAUAACAUGUCUUCAUACCCCACCCACUCGCCGCAAUUCAGCAAUCCUUGGGCAGCGUCCACGACCGCCCCUUCGAGCCACGCCUUGUACGUGGCAUCGCAACCCGGACUGGCUUCCAACCCCAUGGGCCUGGAUCGCCACGCGCAGCAGCCGCCGUCCCGGGCACCAGCCACUACUACUGCGCCUCUGGCCCCGUAUGGCUCUGUCCCGGUGACUUCAGCUUCAGCAGGCAGCCCUCUCAAUCUCCUCAGCAUCAACCGUAUGCCUCAUCCUAGCUCUGCCCCCUCGUAUGCCGAGUCUGCCUACACGACGGCUGCCUCGCCAGUGCAUGCUACGUACGCUGCGUCGCCGACCAGCUAUGACGGCAUGGGAUAUCCGUCUUCCUCCGUACGACACAACUUUGGUCUUGCGCCCGAAGCGGAUCCUCACAGAAGGUAUUCCCAAUCAUCAGUCUCCUCUGGCGCAUCCUACGAUCACCAAGUCGAUGGCCUGCCUCCAGUGCCCAGGAGCUCACUUGUUGACUUUCGAACCAACAGAGGUAUCAAUGACGACCGACGAAGCUUCCAGGACGCAAUCGAGGCGAGCCACGGUAUGCUCUCCAUGAAGUUCGACACUAGCAACCAGGAGACGCCCCGCGCGGGUGUCUACAACAACCGCGGGGCCCGUGGUUCGGCCGAUUCGUACGGAUUUCCUUCGGCCCAUUCGACUUCCUCCAGCGUGUCCUCGACAGGCUUCAGCCCGUACUAUGGAUCUGUUGACGGAAGUGUCAGCGACUACUCGACAGCUGGCUCCGACAUCGAGUCUGUAGGAGGCUCCAGGACGCUUCCGCGCCCUCAAGGUCUGAUGCCCAACCAGCCUCCAGCACCGCAAUCCAUGAUGGGACAAUUCAGCUCCAAGGUGUCUAGCAGCACUCAGAAGAAGCACAAGUGCAAGGUCUGCGACAAGCGCUUCACGAGGCCCAGCUCAUUGCAGACUCACAUGUACAGCCAUACAGGGGAGAAGCCUUUCAAGUGUGAAGUGGAGAACUGUGGUCGCCAUUUCUCAGUUGUCUCGAACCUCCGAAGACACCGAAAAGUGCACAAGGGCGAUGCUCGAUCUGACGCCGGCAGCGAGGAUCACCAAUCUGAUUAA